UCUCUUUACUUGAUCUAUAACCAAUGAUAAAAGCAACUUUUUACUAACCAAUAUCUUAUUCUGUGCUUUUCUCGAAGAAUUUUCCAUCAUCUUCUUCAGCCGGUACCUCCAUUUUGUUUAUUUCAACAGCGAAGAGUAUCGAGAUAUCGCGGAAAUUAUAUUAUUCAGCAACGUUUAGCUUUUUAAUAAGAUAGUGACCAUUAAAAAAACAUGUCUCACGGAGGUAGAAAUGAGUGUAGAAUUUAUGUGGGCAAUUUGCCACCGGAUAUAAGAACAAAAGAUAUUCAAGAUCUCUUUUACAAGUUUGGUAAAGUUACAUUUGUUGACUUGAAAAAUCGCAGAGGUCCACCAUUUGCUUUUGUUGAAUUUGAUGAUCCAAGAGAUGCAGAAGAUGCCGUACAUGCCAGAGAUGGCUACGAUUAUGAUGGUUACAGAUUGAGAGUUGAAUUUCCAAGAGGUGGUGGACCUAGUAAUAAUUUUCGUGGAGGUCGUGGAGCAGGGGAUACUGGUAGAGGUGGUCGUGGUGAAAUGAGUAAUUCUCGUGGACGUGGUCCUCCAGCUAGAAGAUCUCAAUAUAGAGUUCUUGUUACUGGUUUACCACCAUCUGGAAGUUGGCAAGAUCUCAAGGAUCAUAUGCGAGAAGCCGGUGAUGUGUGCUUUGCAGAUGUUUAUAAGGACGGUACUGGAGUUGUUGAAUUUUUACGUUAUGAGGAUAUGAAGUAUGCUGUAAAGAAACUGGACGAUUCAAGAUUUAGGUCUCAUGAGGGAGAAGUAGCAUACAUACGUGUAAAGGAAGAUCACAACAGUGGUGACAGAGGACGUAGUGAGGAUAGAGAAAGGGGUAGAAGCCGUUCGCGUAGCUACAGUCCACGACGUCGUGGUUCUCCAACGUAUUCACCGUUACGGCGUAAUUACUCGCGCUCAAGAUCCCACUCCAAAUCUCGAUCGUACGACUAGUGUGUACGUAUACGUUUCACAUGGUAAUAUAAGUAAAUGUUCAUUGAUAUUUGCUUUACCAUGUUUUAUUAUUGCUGAUUUAAAAUUUGAUUAUGGAAACUUCAAUACGAUUAGACUUCUUAAGAAUAAUGAAGAUAGCUUUUCUGACAUUGCUAGAAUAUUUAAUAUUCUAUUUGAAAUAUGGAUUGGGCACAUUCCUAUUGUAUGGAAAACGUAAGCAUAAACAAAUUGUCAACUUUUCUUUUUUUAAUUUGGCAACUGUUGAUAGUUGAAUCAGCAAUAAUAUGAUAUCUCAAAUAAUCAUAAAAUAUAAGUUUCAAUAGCAAGUUUCAUAAUAACAGUGAAAAGGAAUUGUGCUCACAAUCGACUAUUAAUCAAGAAUUAUGCAAAGCUAUACCAGUUAGGUCACUUGUACAUUAUAAAAUACAUUCCUUUAUAUUUUCAAACUGGUUCUCUUCAUAAUUACAUAUAAAGCAUGUAACAAUUUUAAAGUACCAUUAGUAAAGAAAUUGGCGAUCCACCUUCAAUGAUCAUGCAUUGAUUAAUGAUAUCUGCAACAGAAUGUUUGAUGCUUCCAAACAACCAGUGUAAUUAUUCAUACUCAAUGAUCUGCAGUAUAUUUCUUAAUGACACACUAGUUACUGUGGAAUCCGGUAGGCAUAUUACAGUACCAAAUCCAGUGUGUGAUUUUUUUAUCAUUCAUAUUUAUUUAUCGACAUUCUUAAAAAUAAACUUAUUACACAGAAAUUUGUCUAACCUAUUAAGAUUUAAUAUUUUUUUACUUUUAAUCUUAGUAUGCUUUAUACUUGAACUUAUGGCAAAAUUAUAGUUCUAUAUAUGAGAUAAGAAAAAUAAUUUCUAAAAUUAAAUCACUUAAAUGAAACCAUUUCUGUAGAUUGAAGUAGAUAAAUUGAAGUAUUUUUUCAUUUCUAUGUCUGUUUAAUAAUAACAAUGAAUAAAAAGUCAUUCAGUUGAGAUAAAUAACUGCAGUAUUAGAAGCAUAAUUUUGAUAAAAACAUUCUGUACUUCGAUUAAAAUAUGUAUCAUUUAUUCAAUUAUGUGUUUGCCAUAUGUGGAUCUUAAUAAAUUACAUAAAUUGUGUCUUUUGAUUAGCUUAUGUAUUAGUUUCAUAGAUUUUAUGGCUUUUCUAUAAUUAUGCCAUUAGUUUAAAUUUUGUUUCAACUUUUCAGUACUAAUAUUUUAUAUUAAAUUUCACUGAAGGUACUAAGAUAUCUCGGUUGUAAAUUAUUGCAUACAAAACUGUUGCAUGCCAUAAUUACUGUUUAUUUAAUGUAUCCCAUAAUCUGUUUUCAUCCACUAUAGAACCAAAUAAUGUUACCAUAAAAGUUUGUGAGAGUGUUUUCUUUCAGCAAAUUUGAUAUAUGCAUACAUAUACAUAAUCUAUAUACACAUUAGACAUUUUUUUCUAACUGCCUAAUUGCCACAUAUAUAAAUCUAUAUUUGCUUUACAACCAUGUAUCUUUUUUUUUUUUUAAGAAAGAUACUGAUAAAUUUUGCAUGAUAUGGAUUUUUUAAAUAUAAAAUACAUUUGUGAUGAUUAUAAUAUUCUUCAACUUAUUUCUAGUUCGUUAAAAAAAAAAAAAAUAAUAUUCACGAUAUAUAGAAAUGAUUAAAAAAUUGCAAUUAAUUGAUAUUAUUUAUAUUAUACUCAAUAUGGAAAUAUUGAAGUAGUUUUACACAUUGCUUUUUCAAAUAUUUCAAAUCUCCUUGUUUAUUAUUAUAAUCCACCUAAAUUUGAUAUAUAACACUAAUAUAAUUAUGGGUAGGCAAAUAUGUUAAAACUGUAGAGAUUAUAUUUUCACUGUUUAUUCCUAUUUAAAUUAUCAUAAAAUCUAGAUACUUUUAUAUUUGAUGUAGUAUAAUUACAAUUCUUAAUUGUAUAUAAAUAUUCUAAUGAGUAAAUGAAAUGUACAAACUGGACAGUGGUGCAUGUAUGCCUACGGAUAUCUAAUUUAAAAAAUACAAAAUUUCUGUUAAGAUCUGGCAUAAAAGAGUAUCUUAUAAAUGUCUAUGAAUAUGAUGAAUUAAGUGAUUGUUGAUGGUAGAUAAUGGUAAAUUUAUUUUACCAUAUUAGGAUUGCGACUUGUAAAACUUAAAGUAAAAAUUUUCUUAAGUUUUGUUACAAAGAUUUCAAUUGUCCUGACAUACGCACAUAUAAUAUCCAGCUAAAGCAUUUUAUCCACCUGCAUUUCUAUGUUCUUACUGGUGAGAGAGAAAGUGAUCUUUGGCUAAGAAUAUGAUAUUGUAAUAUCUCGUAGCAACAUCCUUAAUGUUCUGUUUAGCCAUCUUUACUUUCUCUCAUUUUCUUAUUGUUGAUUUUUUUUCAUAUAUGCUAUUGUAGAUGUGCAUAUAUGUAUGCAGUAGCGUAUUUAAUUUUCAAAAUUAACAUAAAUCUAAAUCAAAUCCACAUUAUCCUAAGAAAUACAUUCAUAUUGGAUAAAUUAUCUAAUUGCUCAAGUUUUUUAUGAAUCUCUGUGCUUAUAUACUUUUUUAACACUGUUUAAAAUGUUCUUUCAAUGACGCGCGUAAUGCUUAGAAUUACACAUUUUUUAAAAUUGCCUUUUGUCCAAUAUGUUUAACAUACAAGUGGAAAAUAAUUGAUUCUUUUCUUUAAUAUCAAAAUAUAUUGCAAAUUAAUCCUGUGAUCUUACUUUUUCUUAGACUUGUAAAAUACAUUUAAAUUUCUAUUUUAUGUACAUUUCUUGUCAUCAGUUGAAAUUGUUACAUAGGUAUUAUAUAGAUGUUUUCAUUAAAUGAACUACUUUAGAUCACAAGGAUUAUGUUUGCAUUUAUAAUAUUUAUGUUUAUCUUUAACUAUUCUUGUCUAAGAGACUAAUGUAUUUUUUCUUCUUUUGUAUAUUGGAUUGGAUUGUAACACAAUGAAUGAAAAACUCAAAUCGACACGAUCUUACUUCUUGGAUGGAUAUAAUACACGUUCGUGCUUGACGGUGGGAUAAAAUGGAAUGCGUUUUGGAUGGAUUUUGUGUGGAGCAUAAGUUAUAAAAGGAUUAAAUGAGAAUCAAAGUAAUGAGACAUUAAGGAUACUUUCAAGAGGAAUUUGAGGAUCAGGAAAGGAAUGAAUUAAGGGUGCAGUGCAUUUCAUUCGAGGAUUCACAUUUAGCUGGAUUUUCAUCAGGAAACGUUGGCAAAUCCAUUACAAGGAGUCAAAUCGAUCGUCCAUAUUUUUUUGUUUCGAAUUAUAUUUAAAUUGUUUGCUUGUGCCUAAAAGUGCUGUUAUGUCGGUGAAUGAAAAGGAAAAAAUAAUGUGAACUUUCAGCAGUUUCAACAUUCAUGUGCUUACAAGUUUUCUUAGAUUGAGUGUUAUGUUAUUCAUCAAGUUCUUGCUGGCAAUACUGCUUUUUUAAAUUUAUUCAUUAUUUUGUGAACGGUCAAACUGGUAAUGGAAUGUCAACUUAUCUUUUUUGCUUUAAACAAAUUUAUUAACAGGAUAUAAUCAUAACGUCAUAUCAAAGUAUUUUUCGAUCGAGAUGUUAGCUGCCGGAAUAAUGAAAUAGUUUUCUUUUUUCUUCGUGAUAAUAAAUCACGUAUUUUGCCAGAUAUUCUUAAGUAUUCAAAGAAAUGAAAAAUAUUACUUGGAUCGAAAAACUUUAAGUAUAGGUGUAUGUAGGAUGUUUUGUACAUAUAUAACAGUAUAGGUAUAUUUGAUUGGGACAGUCUUUCCGCGUUUACACAAGAAACAUUUACGAGAAAUAGUUGCUCUGAUAAAUUACUGCGUAUGAUGUUAAUUUCGUUUUACUUAUUUCUAUCAGCAAUUUUUUCUAUUCUCAUGAUUUAUAUCAGCAUCUCUUAUUAAUUGAAACUAAGUGAAACUUUUUUUAUCUGUGCAACAUAUUUAAUUCCAACAUAAUAAGCAUCUUCGAAACUUAGUGUAUGAAGAGGAUUUGAAAAGACAAUUUUUCUUCUUGACAUGGACUGCAUCCAUAGAUUUAGAGAAACUCAAUAACCUGAAAUUAUAUUUUACAACAAACAUGGCUCAAGGACAGGACUUGGCAUUAGGAUUACUGGCAGGAUAAAUUAGUAUACGUGGAGGAUUUUUGGAAUUGGAUAAUUUAAGUGAAAAUAUUGGACGGAUUUUAUUAAGAGAGGAUGACUUGGAUUUAUUAUAUGAACACUGUCAGUAUGAAGGAUGGAUUUGGAUAUCAAAUGUUAUCAAUUGAAAGUGUCUCAGUAUAGUGGUCUUCGCAUCUCAUAGGGUUCAUGGAAAUCUCCUAGAUCACAUAUGAUGGGAUUUGGAUCUGCAUUUAGUGGAAUCUGUGCAAGAUUAUCAGAUUUCGUUGACAUAUGAGGAUAACAAAAGUGAUUUCUGUAAGGUAUUUAAAGUAAUUUCUAUUUGAGAUAUCACUCGGAUUCAUUAGCGCGCAUGCUCUUCUACAAUAUUCAUUAUAAUUUUUUUCUUUGAUUUGGAAAGUUCAUAUUGCUCGAAAUAGAAUUAACUUAGUAUCAUAGAUUAUUUGCUUUAAAUCGGUACAUUUGUAAUUUUAUUAUUUUAAUAAUUAUUUCUGUUCAUAUGCAAUAUUAUUAUCUGUUUUUACAUAAGCACUAAUUUUAAUCAUUAUUUUAAUGCUUUAAUAAAAAAUGUGCUUGUUAACAUUUACUUUAUAUAUGCAUAACAUUUACUUUACAUUGCAAAAAUCAUGGAACUGAUGAUUGAAAAUUAUUGUGUAUAAGAGUACAUCUCAUGAAUAUACAAAUAGUAUCGCAGUGAUAUUUCAGUUAAAUUAAUUUUAUCAUUAUGUAGCAAUCUUCUAUUAUAGUCAAAGGUUUAAAAAUAAUCCAAUCAUUGAUAGAUAUCCAUAAAUUUGAUGCAAACAUACAGCUAUCAUAUAUUUGAAACAGAAUUAAUAUGCAUGUAUCUUUAGUAAUUUGCAAGUUUUACAAGUUUUAAAUUGCAAUAAUUAUACAAAUAAACUCUUAGUAAAAGUUUCAGAUAGUAAGGUAAUCUGAUAGCAGGUCUUUUUUUAAAGCUAAUAUUCUGAAUGUUUCCUCUUGUGCCUUUAAUUGAAACAAUAGAUCAAUAAUAAAUUUACUCUUCUUAUUUAUACUUUCAUAUAAUAUAAAGUAGCUAUCAAUUACAUAUUGCACUAUUUGUUUUAAUGAUUUUCCAUCUAUUAAUAAAGUCUAAUGAACAUUCCAUAAACUUUAAUGAUCCAUAUUCCUUUUUAUGUACAUGCAAAACAAAAUUAAAACAACAUCGUGAACGUUGACUUUCCAAAUUCAAUUGGGACUGCUGAGGAAACUGUUUGGUAUUAUACUGUAUAUAAAUUGUGGAGAUACAUAUUUAAACAAAAAUUAUUAACAAGGAACACGACGAUCACGAUAAUCUCCUUUCUUUUUAUUCCAUUAUUAUAAUAUUCCUCUAAUUUUGAGGAAUAGUAUUCUAGGAUAUAUAAUUGAGUUAAUUAUAUUCUUUUUAUAUGCUCUCAUUGUAGCAGACUUCAUAAUUUAUUUCAUUUAAUUUUAAUAAGUAACACACACGUAUAUACAACACAAAAUCUCUGCCCUUUUUCCUUUUUUCUCUCCAAGUUUAUGUAAGUAUCUGAAUUGCCAAAAGAAAAUUAAGUAAACCAAAAUUAUGAAUCUCAUAAAUGCACAGUAUCAUACAGAUGAUAAAAUUGUAUAUCUCUUCUAUGCGUUCCACCUUAAUUUUAUUCAAUAAUUUUUCAAGCUAUUUUAUCAAAAGUACAUGUAUCUCAUUUUUGGAGAACAUUGCUAACGAUGAACUUUUUCUAUAAAUAAAUGUUCGUGACUAUUGCUUUGGCAUUCUAGAAUCAUGAUCAAGCUUAAGAUGACUUGCCUUUUGUAGAAAGUCUAAUUGCUAGGAAAUAAGCACGUGGAAAGUUGUGUACAAUCACAUAUAACAAUCCUAGAUACAUGACAAUGGCAACAGUAAGGAAAAGAUCAAAAACAGCUGGUUUUACACUGAAAUGAAGUGAAUAAUUUAAAUAAAACUAAUGAUCACUUUUUAUAUGUAUAUAUACAAUAUGAAUUUUUACCUGUAUACAUUUAGCACUGCUUUAGUAACAUCAUAAAAUAUAAACUCUGGGUCUUGUUUAUCAGGACCAUGAAGUGUGAUUUUAACAUCUCCAAGAUAUCGUGACAUAGAUUCUUUCAACGUAGCAAUCAAUAUAUUAUUUUUAUCAACUAAUAAUGGAGCAGCUCUUGGUUGAGAUGCCAAGUACGUAAACCAUAAAGACAAUGAUUCUUUAGAUACCUCCUGUAUAGAAAGAAUACUAGUUCUUAUAUAUACAUAAUUUAUAAAUAUUUACUUUUAUCAAUGAAUAAAUAUAUUUUAUUUAGUUAAAUAGAAGAAGAGCAUACCAAAGAUUCCGCAAAUAUAUGGUUAGAGCUUAGAUUGUAAAUGUGCCUUGCUAAUGCCUCUGCAAUCACCUGAGUGUGUUUAUACAAUCUAUCGAUUUGUCCUUCUUUCAUUAUAUCUAAAAUUGUAUUUCUGGCAGGAUCUUCAUGGCUUUUCAAUGUGGAUAAUGUUGCUGCUGGCAAUCUUCUAAUGCUAAAUCUUUCGUGUUCCCAAGCUAAUGUUUCUUCUGCAAGAUUUAUUUUUUUAUGUACGCCUUCAACACGUACUGUAUUCAAAGAAUCUGCUACUGAUUUCAAUUCUUUAUAAAACAUUCCUCCAGAGGAAUUUUCUUUUGGUGGUUUCGAGACAUGCACGUAGAGAUUAUUUGUUGCAGAAACUGUGUCAAGACAUAUAACAUAGGCUGCAUCCUGAAAUGAAUUGCAUUCUAGUUGUGUAUAUUGUAAAAAAUAAUAUAAAUCGUCUAUAUGUCGACGUAAAAAAAUAUUACUUGAAUAACAGAUCCUUCAAGUCCAUCCAAUUGAUCUUCCAACCACUUUUUACUACCUUGAUAAUUUAAUUUUCCUGCUCCAGUAGCAAUGAAAACAAGAUUGUAGUGAGGUCUCGACCGUCCAGCGGAGAACAACGCAGAGAACAAUCUAGCCAAUUCUAAUAACAUCGCCACUCCAGAUGCAUUACUGUCUGCUCCAAAAGAUAAUUCCUAUAUAUGAGUACAAAAUGUGCUACGCUCGCACUAUCAUAAUGUGUAACUAUAGCUAUAGUUGACCAGAUGCAACAACUACUUGAUAACCACUAGCAGAAAUUGAAUUAAAUAUAGCUUCUGCUGCAGAAUGAGAUUUUUCAUCUGUCAUAGAUCCAUCUGUAAUAUCAUCUAAAAUUCUUUGAAGAUCUGGAUGCCAAGUUGCAAAAUAAACAGCAAUUGGGGUUUCUGUGUCAGACAGCAUAGCUUUUUCUAAAUUCAUAAUAUGCUAUAAACAAAAAGCUGCUUUGUUAAAGAUAUUCAUAUAAAAAGCAAUUGUUAUAUACUUAAUUAAAAAUAAUGUGAUAAGAAAUAGAUAAUAACUUCUUUCUCAUCCAAUGUUAACUCAUUUAAUUUCUCAGGUAAAAUGAUCACUAAAGCUCCAGCUUUGAUCUUAAUAGAUUGAAACAUACUGGGUGUAAGAUCUAACGCUUUAGUAAUAACACAAUGUCUAGAAGUACUCCAUCCAGUAAGCGAUCUUGCUUCCAAUGAAAUGGAAGCACUCCUGCAGC